ACAUACUCAGUCAUUGAGUUGCAGCUUCGUGAAAUGUAGACCACCUGGAACGCGUCCCCAUUCUAUGGCGCUGUAGUUGGAUGACGUGAUAACUAUACGGAAGUUGUAAACAUGGAGGUCCCCACCGCGGACGGCGUGUCUGCACCUCUGCCUGGAAGAUGUGCUUUUUACGUGGAAAAGAAAAAACGAUACUGCAAAAUGAUAGUUGGAAGUGGAAAAGCAUAUUGUGGGGAACAUGCUAAUGCGGAAAAGGACUGUGAGAAAAAAAGAAUACCAUGUCCUCUGGAUCCAAAACACACUGUAUUCGAAGAUCUUUUAGCAAAACAUCUGAAGAAGUGCAACUCCAGAGAGAAACCCAAACCUCUGUUCUAUGUGCAAGAUAUUAAUGCUGGACCAGCCAUUGUUGAGGACACCCCCAAAGAUGAGGUACCUUUAUCAGAUCGCAGCAAAGCAGAGUUGAACCUGCUCAUAAAAAAACUGAAGACUGCCGUCAAAGGGUUCAAAUGCAAACAUGAAGAAAAUAUACAAUCUCACCCUGCUCUCCAUGAAGCUUUGAAUGAUCCAAAGAAUGGGGACUCUGCAUUCAAACACCUGAAGCAACAGGCGUCCCUUUUAGGAAACAUGGAGGAUUUGCACCUGCUUGGACCUAACAGGUGUUUUGUUGAGUUUGGUGCAGGGAAAGGCAAGCUUUCCCACUGGAUCCAUGUCGCUCUGAAAGCCUAUGACGACAUCCAUUUCCUGCUUGUGGAAAGAUCAAGCGCUCGUUUUAAAGUAGAUGGCAAACACCAGAAUUCUGAUACCAAAUUUGAAAGACUACAAGUGGAUAUUCAGCACCUUGAUUUGCGUAAAGUUCCUCUCCUCCAAGAAAAGGGACUUCCGGUGGUUGGAGUGGGCAAACACUUGUGUGGCGCAGCAACAGACCUUGCUCUUCAAUGCCUACUGGGCAGCUCAGAGACUGCGCCCCAUGGGAUCAAAGAUCAGCCACCCAGCAAGCGCUCAAAGCUCCAGCAGCAGCCUGGAGAGUCUACAGGACCGGAGCUUCAGCCCAUUCCCAGGGUGGCAGGGGAGACAGCUGCCGGCCAGGAGCUGAGGGUGGGUGGGGUGGCCAUCGCCUUGUGCUGCCACCACCGCUGUGACUGGAGGCAUUAUGUAGGCAAGGAGUUCUUCAAGGAGAAAGGACUAGGUGCCUCUGAGUUCGCUGCCUUCCUGCGCAUGUCAAGUUGGGCGACCUGUGGCUCGAGACAAGCAAGACAGACCUCUCCACCACAAGGUCAAACUGACCAAACAUUUGAGGAAGAGGAGCACGAGGCGACAGAAGAGGCUGAACUAGACAGCUUGGAAGGAGUGUUGAAUGCUGAGGACCGUGAACACAUAGGACGCCUGUGCAAGCUGCUGAUUGACCAGGGCAGGGUUCACUUCCUGCAGCAGAAGGGAUUUGACUCCCGCCUACUCUACUACACCAGCUCAGAUGUUUCUCUAGAAAACGUGUUGCUGACUGCACUUCCCGCCUUGAGCCCAAGAAAGCAAGAAACCUGUUUGCAGUUACAGAAAACAUUACACUGGUAACAGAAGAAAACAGACUGUUAACAAGGCAAAAAGCUCAGGACAUAGCAGACAAGACUAUGGUUGGAGUCAAUUCCAUUUAAAGUUUAGUCAUUUAAUUUUUGUAAAUUUAUUUUUAAAAUGUCCAGGAAAUUAAGUGGAUUUGACCCCAAUGUUGGACAAGUUAGAUUUCCCAAAAAGAGAAAGAAAUGCUCAGAAGGACAUGCUUGACAAGACCAGGCAGUCACCACACGGAAGACGAGACGCUGUCCACAACAGACAAGGCAGGAACCGACAGAGGCCAACAUGAAUGACUGCUACAGUAGGUCACAGUAACGGUGCAGAUUCUGCCACAGCUUCAAGGGUCACAUUUAGUUCUGAGGUGUAGUUUGACUCAGGUGCUGAAACAGACAUUUCAAAAGGACAGUAUCAUUAAAGAGCAAUUCCGGGGGUCUACAAAAAAUGCAAAUACCUUUUGGCACGAUUUGUUCCAGGAACAAUUAGUAAUAUCCCUCAUAAAUAUUCAUAGUAGUCAGCAAAUGACAACGUGUCUUUGGAAGCUAGCUAGUGAGUCAAACUGCACUAGAUGGCACCGUACAGAAGGUAACGUUAGGUGGAUGAGUUGAGGACUUUUCUCACCUCUUGGGACUGGGAGUGGUACCGUUAGCUUGUUUGCCUACUUUGUUUUUCUGCGUGGAUUAAACUUGAAUAAACUUUUCAAUAAUAUGUCAGCUUACCCUGCUAUUAGUCAACAGAUCACCAUACAGUUCAAGUACAUAUUUGUUGGUACAUACGAUUUACACGAUGCAUAUUUAGCAUGGCGUUAACUCUUUUCCGUGCCUCCUGGCAGUAGACGCGCAUGAAAUCUCGGCCAAACAUCUCUCUGUCAUCCUCUUCCUCAUCCUCAGAUUUCUUCGGGGCAGCAGGCAGCUCCACUUCAUAUGUUAGAGGGUUGUCUCUGAAAUUCACAAACCUGCAAGUAUAGCGAACAUGAUGAAUGAAGAUGAAUUUGUUUUGAUAUAAAAUACAUUGAUGGAAAUCUUUUGCUAGUUUUAAUAUGAAUAUAAAGCUUUUGUAAAUACAAUUAA